CUGAGCCUGGCCAUGAGGAUUUGCAGGCAAUUAAAUGGCUUAUUUGCUGGACUCCUGAAAACGAAAGAUUUUGGAACAACUGCAUCCCAUAUAUCAUUUUCAGCAAUUUGGAAGCUUUGGGACCAGCCUCUUCAUCGACUUCCUGGACAUCUUUCAGUAGUAGCUCAGAGCAAUAGUAUUUUCACAAUGCCGGAGAUGUUUGACAAGAAGGUUGAACUUGACCUCAACGUCCCUCAUCCCAGGGUUCGUGGGAUGACCAGACUGAACAGAGAUGCUUUCAAAAAGAAUGUUGUGGUACCAGCAAUUAAGGUGAACAAAGACAUCACAAACAAACUGGUGAAGUCCCUUAAGGAGGUGAUGAUCAAGCGACCAGGUCUCAAGAGAGUUAUUGAAGACCCAGAAGAUGAAAGCAGAAGGUUCAUUUUGUUAGAUCCUCACAAAAUGUCUGCUGAUGGUUCCCUUGGUGAACCUGAGAAAGAGAUCUUAAAGAGCUUUAACAUUAACCCCGAGAUAAUCAGUUACAACGUGGAGCUGACAUACGACCAUUUCAAGGCAGAAGAAAUUCUUCAAGCAGUGCUUCCUGAAGGCCAGGAAGUGACCACAGCAUUUAGCAGAGUCGGCCACAUCGCUCACUUGAAUCUUAGAGACCAUCAGCUGCCUUACAAGCAUUUAAUUGGCCAAGUUAUUAUUGACAAGAAUAAUGGUAUCACCUGUGCUGUAAAUAAAAUCAAUACCAUUGAGAGUGCUUAUCGAAACUUCCAAAUGGAGGUGCUGGCUGGAGAUGAGAGCAACAUGACAACAAAGGUCAAAGAAAACUACAUCUCCUACGAAUUUGACUUUUCCAAGGUCUACUGGAAUCCCCGCCUCUCCACCGAACACGCACGCAUUGUCAACCUCUUGAAGCCUGGCGAUGUUCUCUUUGACAUCUUUGCUGGGGUGGGGCCCUUUGCUAUCCCUGCAGCAAAGAAGAACUGUAUUGUGUUUGCAAAUGACCUCAAUCCCGAGUCCUACAAGUGGCUGCAGCACAACUGUAAACUGAACAAAGUGGACACAAAAGUGCAAGUCUUCAACAUGGAUGGCAGAGAGUUCAUGAAGGGGCCGAUGAAGGAAGAACUGGUCAAGCAACUCUCUCUGAAAGAGCGUAAAAGUUCCCUACAUAUCAUCAUGAAUUUGCCAGCCAUGGCCAUUGAAUUCCUGGAUGUUUUCCAGCACCUUUUGGAUGGAGAACCCAGCGGCACAGAGCUUCCCACAGUGCAUUGCCAUUGCUUUUCCAAGCAUGAAAAUCCUGCACAGGACGUUCAGCAACGAGCCGAAGCUUGCUUGAGAACUUCCUUAGAGGGCUUGUGCUCGGUGGAGCUGGUGAGGAAUGUGGCCCCCAAUAAAGAUAUGAUGUGCAUUAGCUUCCGUCUUCUUGCCGAAGUGUUAUACAAGCCACCAUCAUCUCUGGCAGGUAAAUUCACCCAGGAAAUGGUCAGUAUUACUUUGAGAUUUCAUCGUGUUUGA